AUGGCACCCACGACCACAGGCACUCCAUCUCCAGCGCCCACCAAGACAGCAGCGACGACUGACUGGUCUGAGUAUAUCGGUACUAUUGCGACAUCUCUGACGCCACUCCUCACCCUAUUUGGCGAGCUGGCCACAAAGCAAUUCCUUUCCGUAUCCAUGGGAUGGGCCGACAACAUCUUGCUUGCUAUGGGGCCUAUUGGCAUUAUUACUAUCGUUGUAAGUGCCAUUCGUAUUGGUGGGUCUCGGGCGUUCAAAGCGAUAAUUGGAAGAAGCCGUGAGGCGCGAGUAACUGCAGAGCAAGAGUUCUUGUCAUCAACCUCCGAUGAGGUUUGCGAACUCUGGAGUGGCCGUGGAGUUGUUCGCGUGACAGAUAAGCCGACCGAUAUGAAAGAUCUGGUGAUAUUGCGCUCUACGGAAUUGAGUCCCCGCGAAAGGCUGCAUUCAGGGAUUAUUGAUAUCAAUGAAGCAUGGAAGAAGAAACUUUUCGAGGUUAAUUCUCAACCGGCAUCGAAAGUGAAUGAUCUGGAUGUUGCAAAGAUCGCCCUGCAAGCCCCAUGCAUUGCGUUGAAUGUGGGAGGCACUAUCAUUGACCCCAAAGAAUUAUGGUUCUGGGCGCUCAUAGGUGUUCUUCUUCAGUCUCUGGUUUUAAUAUUCCCAGCUCUCGCUACUUACGACUGGAAGUUGCCCCGGAAAGGCGUCCCGGUACCGAAAUUUGCCUAUGCUUGUUUUGUGGCCGGAACUGUGUCAGUAGUGAUCGGAUUGCUUGGUUGUGGUCAUGUCGUCGAAGCUUCAACUACAGACCAUACGUUUAAGCCAUCCGAGGACGGCAAAAAGAAGAUUCAGCGAAUCCUUCGCGUGCAGAAGGAAUGCACGGUCGGCGGCCAGCAUUUCCCAGCGUUCGCGAUCGUGAAUCACUCAGAAAACAAGCUCAUUCGAACCUCCCGUCUGAAUGCUAGAAUUCAACACCCUUGGUUAGCCGUUUCUACCCUUGCUGCUCUUGCCGGGUAUAUCGUGCAAUUUGUAGGCAUCGGCUCUCUGCAUUGGUCUGCAACCAUUGCCGUACUUGGAUGCAGUGUUUUCAUGACGGUAAUCAGAGCGUGGGUGCGCCGAGGCCUUGCAAGAGACCCUAUAUGCCUUCCAGUUCCGACGGAAGAAAAAGAAUUAGUAUGGCUCGGCCUGCAUAUCGGUCUAGAUGACUGGGAACAACUUUGGGAAAGACGCAACGAGGUCUCGGUAUCCUCGCGAGAUUGUGAGUGGGGACUAUUGACUGGCUUCAUCGAGCCUAGACUGGAAAAUGGCUCACCUGUAUGUGACUCAUUUAUUAAGGAUACGAAGAGCACAAAGCGUUGGGGAAAUCCUACUGAUGAUGCGACCAAAUACGUACGUCAACUGAACGGCCUGUCUGGCCAACUACUCGUUCUAGGGUUUGCUUCUCCAGCUGCCUUAAUGGCAUCAAAGAAAUCUGCUGAGGCAAAAGCGAUCGUGGAUCUAAUUGCAGGACCAACAAAUCUUUCUCUGGGCCAAUACGCCGUUGUAGCCUCCAAAGUAGCUGCCGCGAUGGAUGGGAUCAUGAAAACUUUGAUAGAAGAUCGUGGCGUCGAAUGGAAAGGAAACGGACCCCCUUGGAGCCUUGAAAAAUGGCAGAUCGAGGUACAAAAGAGCUCUGGUGUGAAGACAGAUUGGUUCGUAAGUACCGGCACUGAGAACGCCAAAAUGACCGACGACCUUAUUGCAGGUCUUUCCCUUUGGAUGUAUUCUCUCAUGUGUGGUCAGGACACUCUGGGUCGUAUAAAAGACGACCAAGAGCUAAAGCUAUCUGAUAUGGCGGCACGGGCUCAUGUGAAAGAUGAAAAUGAGUUUGAAUUGACUGAUUCCGCAGCAUUGGGAUCUAGAAAAGAUGACAAUAAUCUGGAACUCUCUGACCUCGCGCCAUUGCAAAAUUUGACGCCCGGAGUUAAAGACAACUUCAUACGAAUUGUAGGUAAUACCGAAAACAGCACGAUAGCGGAACUUGAAAGCUGGAUAAAACACGGCUGGGUUGCCUCAUUCAAGACUGUCCCUUGCUACGGCAACGGCGAUUUUGACCGCGGCAACACGUGGACUGGGCGGAAAUGGCCUGUGUUUGGCCUUUACUAUUCGGCUUCAUUUACAAUGCAACCACAUCCUAGCGAAGAGACUCAGCAAAACUUUACGUUCCGAGCAGCAGACGUCAAGCCGCAUACGCAGGACAUAAUCUGCCCUGCUGAAGACCCGCUACACUCUGUCGAAAUCGAGUGCGCUUUAGAAAUACUAUCCUUGUUCAUGCUAUCAAUCUCUAUGUGCGUGAAAGAGGUCAAAGGCAACACAAGAUCGACCCCUCACAGGAUAACGAACUCCCUUUUUGAAGCUCUAGCCGAUCAGAUCGUCAAGUCACAACUCGUCGAAGAUAUUCCGCAGGCUCUGGUGUACGUCAUUCCUGCAUUUGCCAAGUUUGGAUUACUUCCCAAAGUUCAGACUUCUUCAACCCAAGCUCCGAACGGAACCGCGACUGUGGACAGCAAUGCUCCGGCUUAA